AUGGCGUUUCUCUUCUCCAAAUCGAAAAAGAACCAGGACCGAUCGUUAGCGAGUCGCGAUGGCAGCGCAGGACAAGGAUCACCACAGAAUGCCGCCGGUCGCGGACCGGCGUCUGAGAAGAGCUCAUCGCAACAUCGCGCAACGCCUACAGGGAGCCUCAACUCGGUUGAGAAGAACUCAAUCGAGACCGAAGGCAUGCCCAACAGUCCCGACCGGGGAACACACGAACGCAGGGGCGGGAGCAUAGACAACCCGAAGCUGCCACCGCAACUCGCUCAGCCGCUAGUCCAGCAGCAGCGACAGGCUCAACCGCAAAGCGAUCUACCGCUUCGCAAUGGGCCGCCUCCGCCCGCCAUGAACAAUGCGUCUCUGUACCCUUGGUCUCAGCGCCGACUCACAUACACGUCGUCGCACCCUUCACCGUUCCCUCGCUAUGGCGCAGCCGUCAACUCGAUAUCGUCAAAGGAAGGUGACAUAUACAUGAUGGGUGGCUUGAUCAAUAGUUCCACCGUCAAAGGUGAUCUGUGGAUGAUCGAGGCUGGCGGGAACAUGGCUUGCUACCCGCUUGCUACCACAGCCGAGGGUCCCGGCCCAAGAGUUGGCCACUCGAGCCUGUUGGUGGGCAAUGCCUUUAUCGUCUACGGCGGUGAUACAAAAAUCGACGAGUCAGACGUUUUGGAUGAGACCCUAUACUUGUUGAACACUUCUACACGUCAAUGGUCGCGAGCUCUACCUGCCGGACCCCGUCCGUCUGGUCGCUAUGGUCAUUCUCUGAAUAUCAUCGGUUCCAAAAUUUACAUCUUUGGCGGACAGGUCGAGAAUGAGUUCAUGAACGACAUGUCGGCGUUCGAUUUGAACCAGCUCCAAUUGCCCAAUAACCGCUGGGAAAUCUUGCUGCAUGGCGACAGCUCCCAGAACACCCCGGCUGCUAGGACAAAUCACUCGGUGAUCACAUACAACGACAAGAUGUACCUAUUCGGCGGCACAAACGGCAUCCAGUGGUUCAACGAUGUUUGGUGCUAUGAUCCAGCCUUCAACCAGUGGGCCCAACUUGACUGUAUAGGUUACAUUCCAGCUGCGCGCGAAGGGCAUGCGGCAGCCUUGGUGGACGACGUCAUGUACAUCUUCGGUGGGCGGACUGAGGAGGGUACCGAUCUUGGUGACCUGGCGGCCUUUCGAAUCUCGACCCGCAGGUGGUAUACAUUCCAGAACAUGGGCCCCUCGCCCUCGCCGCGCUCCGGCCACAGCAUGACCACCGUGGGCAAGUCUAUCGUUACAGUCGGAGGCGAGCCCAGCUCAGCGACUUCGUCCGCCAAUGACUUGGGAAUUCUCUACGUCCUCGACACCACCAAGAUCAGGUAUCCAUCCGACAACCAACAGUCGCAACAACAACGCCUGCCACACGGUCAAGGAAGGCGCCCCAGCGUAUCUGACGGUUCGAAUGCCGCUCGCAUCGGCUCGACUCGAGACGGCUCCAAUGGACCUGACCAGCGCAGGCUUAUUGGGGUUACCAACAACGCAGGAACGCCGCCAAAUGGUCAUCGUACACCGCCACCACAUUAUGCCGAAGCUGGUGUUCAGGGGUUCCAAGGGGUCGUUGGUGGGCCAGGCUCCAAACUCCCACGGAUUGCACCGAGCGCAGCUGGACCACCUCCAUCCGGCCCUGUACCUAUGCGCCCUGGCGAGCAAGCAUCGGCAAUCGGCAGAGUACGUGGGCCGUCUGCAGACCGUGCUGGGCCGGCUGGAUCGCCAUUGAUUGGCUCCAACCAGAACUCACCUAUCACCAGGGAGCCUAUCAUGGAGAAUGAACCAGUCAUUCCGCCCCCCGUUGGCGUUGGUAUGAACGGGCGCAGCACGCCAACACAGCAAUCGCAAGCGCAACAAACCAAGAGCGCUCCAAGACAGGAGAGUUCCGAUACGUCAAGGUCUCAGGCCCGCCAGACUGGUAGUAAAGCAUCUGUCGACAGCGCCAUCGAGCCUGGCCUCAAGGCUAUGCAGCCACCUGCAUCUCCUCCUCCGCCUACCCGCCAACCGAGUAACCCCCUGUCGAGAAGAUCAUCGGGCCGCAACUCGCAGACCGUUGUACUACUCAAAGAGCUGGACUCUGCUCGGAAUCGAAAUGCUUGGUAUGCUUCGGAGCUGGAACUCGCCCGAAAAGGCGGGUUCGUUCCUAGCACGUCGAGCCCUGUGCUAGACGGCAAGAUUCCGGAAACUUUCGAUGAUGAGGAUCGACCACUGAUCGAAGCUCUGUUGGCCAUGAGGACCGAGCUCGCCAAGGUCCAGGGCGCCAUAGACCAGCAAGCAACCGUGGCUUCAAAGCAAAUCGCCGAGGUGGAACGGCAACGGGAUGCCGCUGUUCAAGAAGCACUGUACGCCAAGGCCAAGCUAGCUUCUCAGCUGGGUGAUGCCAGUGCGGACCAAACUUUCACCCCUGCAGAUGCCAGCUUCAGGACGGGAGAGAUGGAGAGGAAGCUUGGGGCGGCGCUUCAAUAUCAGAAGGAGCUACAGAGCCAGCUGGCUCAAGCUCGCGCUGAUUUGAAUAAUGAGAAGAAGGCGAGGAAACUUGCCGACGACACGACCAACGCUGCCGAGAAGAGAAUGACGGCUCUAGAGACCUACAAGCAGCAAACUUCUACCGAGGUGGAGCGCCUGAAGGCUGAACUACAUGCCGCUCAGCGAGAGGCGCGCGAGAAGUCUGUUGCCUCCGCCGAAGCCAUUGCCUCGUUGGAGUUGCUCAAGGCUGAGAAGGACGAUGUCGUUUCGAAAUAUGAGAACGUCAAGGGCUCCUCGGAGGACCAUGAUGCCACCUUUGUCUCUCUCCGAGCCGCCAUUGCAUCCUCUGAGGACGGCAAAGCCCACCUACAGACCAAGUUGAAUGAGGAGCGGGCGCAGUGCGAGGUGUUGGAGAGCAAAUACAACAAGCUUAAAGCGGAGCUUGAGGCUCGCACUGCAGAGCUGGCUGCAGUCACACAGCGCCUCAGGGAUGCCGAGGAACUGGCGGAGCGACAUGCCCACGAGGCCAAAACGCAUCGUGAGGCGGUCAUCGCCGGCCUUGACAAGAUUUCUGUUCGCGAUGAAGGCAAGUCUGGCAAGGCCGAGAGUGACCGUGUCCUCGCACUGCAAAAACAGGUUCAGACAUCCAAUGACUUGGUCAAGCAAUACCAGCGGGAAGCCGAUGCCGCAGCCGACAAACUACGAAGUGCGGAGGAGCGCAUCGCUGGACUGGAGCAGUACCAAGAACAGUCCAGUCGCGAGGGAGUGGGCAUCCGCCGUCAACUGCAGUCCGCUCUCAAGGACACGCAGCAGCUUCAGGCUCUCAACACGGAUCUCAAGAAUCGCCUGGCCGCACAGCAGUUGGAGACCAAUGCGAUGACGGUGCAGCAUAGCGCACUCAAGAACAUCCUCAGCGAGCGUGGUAUCAGUCCGACUGCCGCUGUUCGGGCCCGCGGUCUCGCCAGCCCCCGCACAAGCUCUCCUGAGCAGGGCCGACUGAAGGAGCUCGAGUCGCAGCUGGCUGGCGCUCAUGCAGCGCACGAAGAGUCCAAACAGGCCUUUGCUGUCCAACAGCAAGAAGCGGACACCAUGUACCGCGAGAAACUGUCGCAACUUGAGAACGACUACCGGUCAGCUGUCCAUUACGUUAAGGGAACCGAACAAAUGCUAAAGCAGCUCAAAGAGCAGCUUAACCGAUACAAGACUGAGAACGGACAGCUCAAAUCCGACAUUGAGGAGCUAGAGGGCCGCCUGCAGUCUGAUGGCCAGGCGAACGCGGCAGCCGCUGAUUGGGAGGCUGAGCGCGUGGCCCUGCAGAAGAGAAUUGAGGGUCUGGAGAGUGAGCUUCGCGAGUCUGGUGUCCAUCUCGAGAAAGAGCUGGAGACUGUCCGCACAGAGCUCAGGGCCGUCCAGCGCCAACGCGAUGAGGCUUUGACGCACGGCGAGCAGGUCACCAAGGAUUUCGGUUCCCACAAGACGCAGUUUGAGCAGCUUCGUUCUGAGAAUGCGCUUCUCGAGCAGCGUGCUUAUGAUGCAGAGCAAAAGGUCUCCCUGCUCCUCGACCAGGUCGAGCACUCGGUCGACAACUACCGUCGCCAAAGCAAGCAAGCCCCCAGCAUGAACUCCGAGCAGGGCGGCGGUGUCAAUGGCGCCCACAGCAUGGGGCAUGUCCGCAACGAGAGCUCCGAGCUCGAGUCGCUGCACGACGCUGGCAAUGAGGUUUCCAACGCCAGGAACAGCGCGGCGCUCGAUAGCCUGGCGAGCGAGCUCGAAACCCUGCGAACCCACUGGGAGGCCACCAACAAAAACUACCGGCUCAGCACCAACUUUGAUCUCGACGCCAACGCCGUCUCUGGCAGGAAAGACGCAGAUGACAACGGGCUGAGCGAAAGUCUCGCGGACUGGCGGAAGAAACUCGACACGGAGGAGAACACCGUCUCCGUCGACAAGGUCCGCCACGUCUAA